GGUCACGUUUUAAUAACACCGAGGGUGCUCAGGAUAAAAAUAAUCUUUUUAUACUGAAGAAGUGCCAUCACACCACGGUGAUUAUUGGUGGUUCGGAGCUGAAGGUGGGGCUGUGACCACACCCAGCCAUGAACAGGACCCUGUGGGCCUGCACCCGGCUACCUUGGGCCUUGAGGAGAUGCACUGUCACGCUCCCUGGCACCUGCGCUGCCCCCCGGUGGCGUACCUCCGCUCUCUCCGUCCUCCCUAGGACACACUCCUCUGACGUCAAGGUGCGCUCCUACCUGCAGUACCUGAAGCGGAAGAUCCGGUCGCCCCCGACGCCGCCCUACAGCCACGUGUGCCAGGUGGGCGACCCGGUGCUGCGCGGGCGGGCGGCGGAGGUGGACCCGGCAGCGGUGCGUGGGGCCGAGGUGCAGCGGGUGAUCGCCACGCUGGUGAAGGUGAUGCGGCGGCUGGAGUGCGUGGGCCUGAGUGCCCCGCAGAUCGGCGUCCCGCUGCGCAUCCUGGCGCUGGAGUACCCCGAGCGCAUGCUGCAGGACAGCUCGCCCGCCGCCCGGGAGGCCCGGGGCCUGGCGCCCAUCCCGCUGCGCGUCUUCAUCAACCCCCGGCUGCGCGUCUGCGACGGCCGCACCGCCACCUUCCUGGAGGCCUGCGAGAGCAUCUCCGGCUUCUCUGCCUGCGUGCCACGCUACCUCUCCGUGGAGGUCACAGGGCUGAAUGAGAAGGCAGAAACGGUUACCUGGCAGGUGAGUGGCUGGCCGGCGCGGAUCCUGCAGCACGAGAUGGAUCACCUGGAUGGAGUUCUGUACAUCGACCGCAUGGACAGCCUCACCUUCACCAACAUACACUGGGCAGAGCAUAACGAGUGACCGCAUGGACCACGUGGUCACCGAUACCUUUCCCAACAUACACUGGGCAGAGCAUAAUAAAUGAUCCCAUGGACCACACGGUCAGCAGCACAUUUACCAGCAUAAGCUGGGAAGAAGACUAUAAGGACUGUGUGAUCAUCUGCACCUUCACCAACAUCCAAUAGGUGGCACACAAUGAGGGUCAGCCUCAACCACACAGUCAGCAUACUGGACUGAGUAUGAAUGAGCCAUUAGUACAGCAAGAGGAAUCCACCUUAUCCCAAGACCAUCAAACUGUUUUUGUUUGCGAUGCCAUGAUUGCUUUGAAUGUUUCUGUGCCCGAAUGAAUGAAAAAUACAUCACAAAUCUAGGCAGCUCCAGGGCUGAGGGUUUGUGUGUGUUCUUGUAAAGGCAACCUGUGUGUUUGCUCACCGUAAAGACUUUGUGAGGGGUGGUGAAUUGCUACCGUUGAAAAGAUGGAAAAAAAUACAUCAAAA